GGAUCCUAAAAGAAAGGCAAGCAGGCGGGAAUGGCGGCGAUUCAAUGGACGUAUGAAACGAACGAUAGAGAGAACAUUGCUCUCCAAUCAAGCAUCUCAGCUUUCAAUCGUCAAUUCCACAAACAAAUCGAAGAAUCGUAGCACGCAGUCGAAAGAACUUGAAAAUGUCGUGGCAAUCAUAUGUGGAUGAUCAUUUGAUGUGUGAUAUCGAAGGUACUGGUCACCAUCUCAUCUCCGCAGCCAUCAUUGGUGCCGACGGUAGUGUUUGGGCUAAGAGCUCUGCUUUCCCCCAGUUGAAGCCUGAGGAGGUGACUGCUAUUGGGAAAGAUUUCGAUGAACCAGGUCACCUUGCUCCAACAGGUCUAUUCAUUGCGGGCACAAAGUACAUGGUGAUCCAGGGGGAGCCUGGAGCAGUCAUCCGUGGAAAGAAGGGAGCUGGAGGCAUAUGCAUCAAGAAAACUGGUCAAGCAAUGGUGUUUGGGCUGUAUGAUGAGCCUGUGGCUCCUGGACAAUGCAACAAGGUUGUUGAGGGGCUUGGAGAUUAUCUCGUUGAACAAGGCCUCUAGAUCUUUGUUCACCUACUACUUUUUCCCCUUGAAAAGAGUUAUUUCUUUUUGAUUAAUAGAUUUUGAAUCAAUCCCCUCAUUUUCAUUCAUCAUGUGACAUUUAUAAAUGUUAUGUGAUAAGGAAUAUAAUUUAUUUUUAUUCUAAUUGCAAUCUACUUGUGUAGAAGGUGAUUGUUCUAUAAUAAGGAUGCUAAUAUGUAUAUCUAAUAAACCCCCUCCGAGGUGUUUAAACUGUUGCGUAAAUCAUCAAAUGAAAUUCUUGGGAGAACUUUUGUAAA